AUGGAGACCAGAGAAGGAUCGUUGACAUGGAGUGUCUUGAAAUGUGACCUCCACCCGUGGAUUAAAGAAGCUAUUAAGUCGUUAGGGUACCCUACUAUGACACCAGUACAGGCUUCAACGAUUCCAUUAUUCAGUGGUAACAAAGAUGUAGUUGUUGAGGCUGUAACAGGGUCAGGUAAAACAUUGGCGUUUGUUAUACCGGUAUUGCAGAAGUUAUCAAAUCGCUUGUAUAAUAUUGAUGAAGAGGGAGAAAACCCCGAACCAGUAAAAAAAGGUCAUAUGCUUAGUAUUAUUCUUUCUCCUACUAGAGAACUAGCAAAACAAAUACAAACAGUGUUUGACAAAGUACUUGAGUAUAUUCCAGAAGAUAAGGCUACUAUAAAGACGCAAUUAUUGGUUGGGUCGUUAUCGAGUGUUAGGGAAGAUAUCGAUUAUUUUCUUACCAAUAAAACGCACAUAUUAAUAGCUACCCCGGGCAGGUUAUUGGAUUUUUUGUCUUCAAAUUACGUGAAAACUAACUCUGUUGAAAUAGCAGUGUUGGAUGAGGCAGACAAGCUUUUGGAUAUAUCGUUUGAAAGAGAUGUGAUCAAAAUAUUGAAGCAGUUACCUAAACAACGUCGUACUGGUUUAUUCUCUGCAACUAUCUCAUCCGCAGGGGAUACGAUAUUCAGAACGGGUAUGGCUAAUCCUGUGAAAAUUGUUGUAAAGUCUAAGAAUUCCAAAAACGCAGCACCAACUUCAUUGAAUGUAAGCUACAUGCAUGUGGAGCCAGAAACUAAAAUAUCUGCAUUAAUCGCAUUAAUUAAAGAUUAUCGUUUUCAAAAAUGUAUAGUCUACUUUCCAACUUGUACUUCAGUGAAGCACUUUUAUUCGGUAUUCCAAACAUUAGUCAAUGUUGAGGAAGAAGAUCGUUACAAGUUUUUUUCGUUGCAUGGCCAGCUUUCAACUAAACCUCGUUUAAAGACGUUGCAGAACUUUUCUGAGGGUGACUCUAUGCUUCAUAAACAUGUGUUAUUAACCACAGAUGUCGCAGCCCGAGGUAUUGAUAUACCCGAUGUUGAUUUAGUUAUCCAGCUUGACCCUCCUACUGAUCCUGAUGUGUUCUUUCAUAGAAGUGGUAGAACAGGUAGAGCUAACAAAGUAGGACAAGCCAUAGUGAUGUUGAACAAUAACAGUAGAGAAGAAGAUUAUGUGAAUUUUAUGGAAGUCAAGGGGAUGACAAUGAGUAAUAUGGAAUGUCCUAAUAUUUCAAAGAUUCAUGAUAAGUUUCAAAAAAAAUUCAGAAAAUACAUGUUAGAAGACAGAGCCAGACAUGAAUUAGCAAUCAAGUCGUAUGUGGGGUUUGUGAGAUACUAUUCUAAACAUAUGGCAUCGUCAAUUUUCAGAUUGCAGACAUUGGAUUACGUCGGACUUGGUAAGAUGUAUGGGCUAUUGAGAUUACCUAAAAUGCCCGAAUCGAGAUAUAUUCCAAAUGAAGAAAUGCCAGAAGAUGGGUGGUUAGGUGAUGUUAUAGAUAUGGAUAAAUAUGAGUAUGCAGACAAGCAAAAGGAAGAAUCAAGGAAAAAGAAUUUAGAAGAAGAUAAAGCUAGAAAGGUUCAUGAUGCAAAGAAGAGAAAGGAACUUAAAGUCAAGAAUGAAGCAUGGUCCAGUAAAACAGAUAAGAUAGAAACGAAACAAGAGAGAAGGGAAAAGAUGAAAAGAAAAAGAGAAGCUAUCGAAAAGCAAUUAAUGGACGAUUCGUCAUCCGAUGAAGAAACCAAAGUAGAUUGGAAAGAGAUGGUUAAAACUAACAAAAAGAAAAAGACUCCAUCAGAUAGCAUGCAAGGAUCAUUUGAUGAUUUGUAG